AUGCUGUUGAGAAUUGAAACCAAAACAUGGACUAGAGAUAGCCAUGAUCUGUUUGAUUAUGAAGCUCAGCAAGUAAAUAAAAAAACAUUUUUAAUUUCAUCGCCAAUAAAAUUAUUUCGUUCAAAAGCACAGGUUUCCUGUGUAGCCGAUAAUCCACAAUGUUUACCUAACACAGCACAAGAUUAUCUUUUAUCAGUGCGCCCCGAAGAAAAUAAAUAUGUAAUAACUCCAGCAGAACAUCCAUUAAAUAGCCAAUACAAUGUGAAAAAAUUGUGGAUUAUUGUGAAAAAUUUACCUAAUAAAAGUUAUUCAUUGCAUGAAAAUGAUAUCAUAAAAUUAGGGCGAUUUCGACUUAAAGUACGUCAAUUUAUAGAAUCAGUUGACACAUUAAAUUCAUUAAAAUUAUAUGAUACCCCAUCUAAAAAAUGUGAAGCAAUCGUAGAUUCAACUAAUAUUCAAUGCAGAAUUUGCCUAAUUGAAGGAAGUCAAGAAAAUGACCCAUUAAUAUGCCCAUGUGAUUGCAAGGGUUCUAUCAAAUAUGCACAUUUAUUAUGUUUAAGAAAAUGGAUAAAUGGACGAUUAAAUUUAAAUGAUCAAUUAUUUUCUGGUUCAAUAUUUAUAAAAGAUAUAUCUUGUGAAUUAUGCAAAACAAAAUACCCUAAAAGUAUAAAACAAAAUGAGGAAUUAAUACAAUUAGUAAAAAUCCCCAAUUUAAAAACACCUUUAAUAGUAUUAGAUAAUAUAAUAGGACAAACAAGUAAAGGUGUACAUUUAAUAAGUUUUGCUGAUAAAACACAUUUAAAAUUAGGUAGAGGUCAUGAAUCAGAUAUUAGAAUACCUGAUGUUUCUAUUUCUAGAUAUCAUGCUACUAUAAAAUAUGAAGAAGGAUCAUUCAAAUUAGAAGACCAUAAUUCUAAAUUUGGGACUUUAGUAGCUUUAAGAAAAGCUAGAGAAAUAUCUACUAAAGAUACCAUGUCAUUACAAGUAGGAAGAAGUGUUGUAAAUUUUAGAAUUGAUCAAGAUGUUCCAUAUAAAAGUGGAUUAAUUGAUGUUAUUGAAAAUAAAGAAGUUAUGGAUACAUCUGAUAUUUCAAAUAAUAAUGAUAAAAAUAAUUCCAUCCCCAAUACACAAAUAAAUAAUAAUACCUCAGGUGAAAAUAAUCCAGUCAUUAACACAACUAAUAAUGUUGAUAGCAGUGCUACAAAUAAUAUGGCCAAUAUUUUUGGACGAAAUAAUUAUGAACAAAAUCAAUUUUGUAAUCUUCCAAAUGAAACAAAUAUUAUGCAAAAUUCAUAUCGAGUUGAUAAUUUAACGCCAUUAUUAAACUAUCAAAAUGAAUACAGAAUAUUUGGUAUUCGAAAUUGCUAUAACUUAAUCGAGCAAAUGAAUAAUCAACAAUUAUCUUCUCAAUUAAAUUAUCCCGAAAUUACAAUGUUAAACAAUUCUGGCAAUAUUCAAACUUGCAAUAACAAUCCGCUUAUUAAUGAACAUAUAAAUAUUCCUAUUACUGGAAGUAUAAAUGAACAAAUAAAUCAUGAGAAUCUUCAAAAUAUUCAUAAUUCCAACAACCAUAUUAUUAAUAAUGAUCAAAAUUCAGAUGAAUCUGAUCAAAAUAACAAUGAUCAACAAAAUGAUGAAGAAAACACCCCAGACGAACCUGACCAUAUAAAUAUUAAUCACAAUGACGAAGACGAUCAUACUAAUAGCGGAGCUAACUGUGGUGGAAAUAACAGUAGCUACACUAACAAUAAUAACAACAAUAAUAACUACAGUAAUAACAACAAUAAUAAUAAUAAUAAUAAUAAUGGAAGUAAUGGAAAUUGUAAAGGGUGCCAAAAUUAUAGCAAUGAUAAUGAUGGCAAUGAUAAUAACAGAAAUUGUAACAGUGUAUAUCAUAAAAGACGAAAUUCAAGCGCAAAUUAUUAUGGUGAUAAUAUAUAUGGGAAAAAUAACAGAGAUAUCAAUGUAAAUAAAAAUGCUAAAAACCAUAUUAGAAAUAAUAUGAUAAAUUAUAAUUUUAGUAGUAGUAGUCACAAUAUAAAAAGUUUAGAAAAUGAAUUUAAUCUUGGUUUUUGUUCUAGAAAUCAUAAUAUUAAUAAUGAAAAUAUGUGUAACACUCAUCUUUUUAGUAGUAAUAAUAACAACAAUUUACACCGUCUUAAUGCACCAUUCGAUCCAACUUUAUGUAAUAUAUUCAACCAUGGAAAUUAUAUAUGUGAAAAUAAUAGAGAUAUGAAUUUUUUGGUAAAUAAAAAAAAUGAACGUUUAUAUUAUAAUUCUAAUAAUACAAACCAACGUUUGUCACGUUCAUAUAACAGUUUUGACAGAAUAAAUUUAUCUCCAAACAGUGAAUAUAUUAAUUAUGAUCAAAUAAAUAUGCAAAAUUAUGAAUUUUUUAACAAUUCAAAAGCUUCAGAUUUAAUAAAUUUUUACAUAAAAAGCGGAAUGAAUAAUACUGGAAAUUACUGUAAUAAUAAUAACAUUGAAAAUAAUGCAACUACCACUUGCAAUCACAAUUACAAUAACUGGUUAGAUAAACGUAUAUAUAAUCCUGUAAAUAAAACAAAUUUUGAAAAUAAUUUUAAUGGAAAUUUCUCACUACAAUCUUUUUAUAAUACAAAUAAAAAUAAUGAAGAAUUAUUUAAAAUGUAA